AUGUCAACAAAUGGUUUUCUUCAGUUCAGUUCAGCAGUUCUAUUUUUCUUGGAAACUGUUUUCGUGUUUUAUUGCGUCACGAAAUAGGAAAUAGAUACAAAUGAUCGAAUUUAGUACACGAUAAACUAAUUAAUCCCCCGCCCAAAUAUGUCUUCAUUCGUGACCCACAGAAACGAUAGCUCGGUCAGCGUAGACGAUACAAGUUCGAAAGAUGGUGUUACUUAUUACAAGAUCAGUGUUAGAGUGGGUUCUGUUUAUUGGAACGUGUCGCAUCGGUACAAUGAUUUCGCGGAACUGCACGAGAAGUUGGUUUCCAACCACGGAGUUGCCAAAGAGCUGCUUCCGCCGAAAAAAGUCAUAAGAAAUAAAACACCAAAAUUCGUGGAGCAAAGGCGUGAAGGUCUCAACGAUUAUCUCAAAAAUGUCUAUAACUACUUGCGUUUGUCGAUGCCGUAUGACUUUGCUCACUUUUUGGACUUCCAUUUGUAUGAUAUUUUCUUUUUGCUGCAAGAUUUAGCAAAGACUUUGUAUUUGGAGGGGGAUAAGUUAUUGGAGAAUUCCAGUUCUCAUGUUUUCAGCCCUUUGGAGCUACAUGCAAUAAGCGAAAGACUUAAAAUGGCGUGUCCUCCUACUGAAAAAGUUGACCAAAUGUAUGACUUUAGUCAUGUGCUGGACUUCUGCUCCCACCUGAAGUCCCUGAACAUUGAAGGCAGCUAUGAAAAGCUCGGGACCAGUAACAUUAUACCAAACAAUCUUCAGUUUGAUAUGUCUCCUUUUAAAUCUCUGUUGGAGUUGAAGAUCCUUGGCGUUCCCAUGGCCUGUAUUCAGAGUGUGGGAACCUUACGAGAUACACUGAUGAGCCUAUCAGUGUUAAUAGCCAGUGUGGUCUCUUUGAAUGAGUUUCUUCUUGUUGACAUAUUGCAUAAGGACCAGGAUAGCAUAGCCGAAACUGAGAAAUGGAAGAAGUUGUCAGUGAUAAAUUUCGCCAGCAACAACAUCACGCAAGUGAACUGGGCUAUCAAACUUGUGCCCCGUCUACAGCACUUGAGCCUCUCAUCCAACAAGCUCACGGAGCUGUGUGACAUAUCGUGCCUUCACGAGCUGAGGGUCCUUAACCUUUCCAUGAACAAGUUUGGCGCUUGCGAAAACUGGCACGCGAAAAUCGGAAACAUAGUCAAAAUUGACUUAUCACAAAAUCAGGUGGAAACUUUACAAGGUUUUUCGAGAUUAUACUCGUUGGAGAGCCUUGAUCUGAGCUGCAAUCUUAUCACCGACGUCGAGGAAGUCCAACAUAUUUGCAAAUUACCGUGUUUAGAAUAUCUAUGGUUGACUGCCAACCCUGUAGCCUCGUCCAUAGACUACAGAGUGAAAGUCAUAGAGCAAUUCAACAACAGAAUGACAGAACUGUGUCUUGACAAUGAGAAGGCUUCGGAAAAGGAGUUGGAUAAAGCUAGAGUUUUGCAAGCCUUGCGUAUUGUGAAAGAAGGCAAAACUCCAAGUUUCUUGGAGAAUAAUAAUACAAGCCAUAGUUUUAAUAGGAGUUGACAAUCGAUGUAAGUUUUAAAUUAAUUUUAUUUACAUUUAAGUGGAGACUGCACUAAGUGCUUUAAAAUAUUCAAGGGCCCACUAAUUCAUAAGAUGUAGCUGAUUUAAGCUCUGUCCUUGCGAAAAUUUGAUGUUAUAUUUAAUCAAUUAUACAAAAUUCUGACAUAAUACUAUUUAUGUGUUUAUUUUACAUGACUUUAAUAGAUGGGGUGGUAGAUCAAAACAUUAAUAGAUGAGGUGUUGGGUCACCCAACUAUUAAUGUUUUAUACAGAAUGAAAUUUUAUACAGAAUUAAAAUGCCAUUUGUGAAAAUGGCAUUUUAAUUCUGUUUUCCUAAGUUUACCUAAGAUUGGCAAAUGAUUGUUCUGAAGUUAUAUUAUUAUCAAUUAUUUAUAUUCUUACUUAUAAGUAAUUUGUGAUAACGAAAUGUUUUAAAAUAUUUUGUAUAUAAUGAAAUUAAAUUUAUAGACAAAUAGAUUUUUAUUACUUGAUUGUAAAUAUAUGUACUAUAACUAUAAUAAUUUCAAUCUAUUUAUUUUGGCAUUUAAAUUUAUUUUUAUAUAAUGCAAUUUCAGUAAUCUCUAUGAUCUGUCAAAAUUUAUAUGAAAUUAAGAACUUUAUUUAUUUAUUCCUCCAAGGAAUUACAAUUUAUAUGAUUAUAAUUGUUAAACAUUUUUUAAUUUAAUUUGUUAAAAAGAAAUAGAUACCUAUAUAAUUUGAUUUGCAAUAAGCUUGAU